ACCGCUUGCAAUCAAAAAUAAAUGCAAAACCAGCUGUUACGGGUCCUUUCUAUCACAGUGGAAACAGUUGCUCGUAGUCUCUUGGAACUGAGGCACUUGCACAUUUGGAAUAUGGAAGACGGUAUGAAAGUCCUCAAACAAGAGGUGAAGCAUGAUCAAAAAAUCAAAUCUCGUCAAAACUCAAGAGCUAUCGAUGCAUCUAAAAUGAGUUUUGCCUUGGCUAGAACUAUUUACAAGCUGAGCUAUAACUUUCCAUGUACAAUUGCACAUCAAAAGUCUCUGCCAGCUCAGGAGAAGUUCUCAUCACGAAGGUACAUUCACCUUAUUCAUCAGCCACGGAAGUGUUGAAAUGUUAUUACUUGCCAAGUGUAUAUCCAGCAGCAGCCACUAAAAAGAUUGAAGAAAACAAGAUUAAAACUUCAGCAACUACAGAUCUAGAGCUUUGUAUCUUUGUAAAAGUUGUUUCAGUGCAUUCGGAUGUUUCAUAACAUAUUGGCUCAAACUGCAUACCAUGAAGUGACCUAAUUAAUUCCUCUGGUGAUUUAAUUGUAGAAAUUUGAAUUAAUUUUGUGGCUGUCUUUCAAACUAAAUGAUUAACUUCAAGACA